AACCAAAUUUGUUGCUCAGUAUUUCAUUCAUUUACAAAUACAAUAUUGUUCAAAAUGGGAAAUUACGUGUCCUGCGCCUUAUCGGCUCCGGCAUCGGCCAAGCAAACCAAGGUCAUCCUCCCAAGCGGCGAAAUACGCCACUUCUCGCGCCCGAUCAACGCUGCGGAGGUCAUGCUCGAAUCGCCGAACCACUUCGUCGUCAACUCCAAGUCUCUGCAGAUUGGGCGCAGGUUCUCCGCCCUCUACGCCGAUGAAGAUCUCGAGAUCGCCAACGUCUACGCCGUCUUCCCGAUGAAGCGGCUCGGCUCCGCCGUCACCGCUGCCGAUGUCGCCGCGUUGUUCCUCGCGGCUAAAAGGACCGUCGUCGCGGCUCCUGGAAGCCGCCUGCACGAUCGCAGCGAGGAAAUAGACGGCGAUUUAGAUCAAGUAGACGAAGAUGGUUCUGAGAAGUUGCCUAAGUUGGAUUUGGAUGAGAUUAUUGACGAUUUCUUGUCGCCGGAGUUCAGAUUGCGGAUGUCUAUGUCCAGGUCAAAGAAGCCUAUGUUAGAGACGAUUGUUGAAGAAGUGGUUCUUCCGAGAUGAUAUCUCCGCCGCUUCUGAAUCCUGUCCGUUCAAUCUAUGUUUCUGAGUCGGUCGCAGUCCCACCUACAAAGCAAUGAUUUAUUUAUUUAUUGUUGCUUUGGAUUUUAGCAAAAAGAAAUUCAAUUCAUUCGACUCUUUUGAUCUUUGCCAAACGGAGUAGUUGCUUAUCCCGUGUUUUUGGGAACAAACUAUUAUUUCAGGAUAGUUUACUAGGAAGACCAAAAUAUCAUUCACACAAAAAUAUACGAAGUAUAUAAUUGUUUUUAUUGUAACUAGUCUCUUAUUAAGCUUGAUUUUUAGAAUAAUAAAAAGCAAUGUAAUGUAUUCAUUACAUUUUGUUGAAUU